GCCUCUCCGCUCCGCCCAAUGGCGGGCGACGGGCUGCCCGACGCCGCGGCCCUCGCCCGCGGCGUGGCCGACUCGGUGCUGGGCCCCCGCGGCGGCUGCACCGUCGCGCGCGGCGCGGCCGAUACAGUGCUGGGGCAGAUGCCGGAGGAUGCCACCCCGGUGUUCAGCCACGACGCACCGGUGUUCAACAUGCCCGCGCGGCGUUCGGCCAGGCAGCUGAGCGUCCCGUGCAUCCAGGAGGCGGCGCGCGCCGAUGCCGACGCGGCCCCCGCGCUGGACCUGAGGCUGUUCAACGGCUUGAAGGGCCAGAACAGAGAGAGCGUCCCGAGCAUCCAGGAGGUGGCCACGCCGAUGGCCUCGGUGCCCGUGCCCGCGAAGUUCGUGGUCCAGUCGCUGCGAUCGUCGGCCGACUCCCGGCCCGACUCCGAGUCGUCCAGGGGCGCGCUGUCGAAGGCCGCCGGCAAGG